AUGGCCGAUGAGAUGAUCAGGACUCAACACAUUGUCGCCGAGAAGUUGGUGGCUUUGCUGGAGAGCGGUACAGAAAAACUGCUGCUGAUCGAUAGCCGCCCCUUUGUGGAAUACAAUACAUCCCACAUCUUGGAUGCCAUCAACAUCAACUGCUCCAAGCUUAUGAAGCGGAGGCUGCAGCAGGACAAAGUUUUGAUUACAGAGCUCGUUCAGCAUUCGGCAAAACACAAGAUUGAAAUCGACUGCAAGCAGGAAGUGGUGGUGUAUGACCAAAGCUCUAAAGACGUGACCUCUCUCUCAUCUGACUGCUUUCUUACUGUGCUCCUGGGCAAACUGGAGAAGAAUUUCAGCUCUGUGUAUCUGCUUUCAGGUGGAUUUGCUGAGUUCUCCAGCUCUUUCCCGGGUCUCUGUGAAGGAAAAUCCACGCUCGUCCCUACUUGCAUUUCUCAACCCUGCCUACCUGUCUCCAACAUUGGCCCAACCAGAAUCCUGCCUCAUCUCUACCUUGGCUGCCAGCGGGAUGUCCUCAACAAGGAGCUGAUGCAGCAGAACGACAUUGGCUACGUACUGAACGCCAGCAAUACUUGUCCAAAGCCUGAUUUUAUUCCGGAAUCCCAUUUCCUGAGAGUGCCUGUGAACGACAGCUUUUGCGAGAAAAUUUUGCCUUGGUUGGAUAAAUCAGUCGAAUUUAUAGAAAAAGCAAAAGCCUCCAACGGCCGCGUGCUGGUGCACUGUUUAGCCGGAAUAUCUCGCUCCGCCACGAUCGCUAUCGCAUACAUCAUGAAAAGAAUGGAUAUGUCCUUAGACGAAGCUUACAGAUUCGUGAAAGAGAAGAGGCCAACCAUUUCUCCCAAUUUCAACUUUCUGGGCCAGCUCUUGGACUUCGAGAAGAAGCUCAAGAACCAGAGCGGUCAGCCUGGACACAUCACUAAGCUGAAACUCCUGCACUUGGAGAAAAGCAGCGAGCACGCGCUGGGCCCGGAGGGGGGACAGAGCAGCCUCUCCUCGAACCAGCUCUGCGUGACCGCUGCCUCCGAGGCGGCCGAGCAGAAGCCGACGGACUGCGGCGCUGGGUCACGCGGGCGCCUCUCCCCCCUGGAAGACGUCCCGCUGGUACAGGGCAUAAACGGACUGCACGUCUCCCUGGACAAGGUGGAGGACAGCAACCGGCUGAAGCGCUCCUUUUCUCUGGAUAUCAAAUCCGUGUCCUGCUCGGCGAGUAGCAGCUGCGUGACCGCGUCGGUGCAGGGCUUUGCCGCCGCCGAAGACGCCCUGGAGUAC